CCAGGGGGUCCAAGUGGUCCAAGUGGUCCAGGGGGUCCAGGUGUUCCAAGUGGCCCCUGGUGGUCCAGGUGAUCCAGGUGGUCCAGGUGGUCCAGGAGGUCCAGGGGGUCCAAGUGGCCCCAGGUUGUCCAGUGGGUCCAGGUGAUGGCGGUGGGGAAGGUGACCUUCACCAAGGCGGAGCGAAGGACACUGGCCAAGUUCCUCUGGGUCCUGAACUGGGUCUCGGUUGUGACCGGGGCGACCCUCUUCGGACUGGGACUCUUCCUCAGGGUGGAGGUCCAGCGGUGGCAGGAAGUGAUGUCAGAGCAGAGCUUCCUGUACGCGCCCCACAUGCUGAUGAGCACGGGGCUGGCGGCAUGCGCCGUCAACUUCCUGGGCGGGAAAAUCUGCCUGGAGGGGUCGGACGCCGAGAAGUUCCUCCGCUGGAAGAUGGUGGUGAUGCCGUACGUGGUCUGCACGGUGGUCCUGACGGCCUGCGUGCUGGCGGGCGCCGUCAUGUGUUACAUUAUCAGCAGCCAGCUGGAGGAGGUGCUGUUCCUGGGCCUGAGGACCGCCAUGCGCUACUACAAGGACACGGACACACCUGGACGCUGCUACCUGAAAAGGACCCUGGACCUGCUGCAGAUCCAGUUCCAGUGCUGCGGGAACUCGGGGUACCGGGACUGGUUCCAGGUCCAGUGGGUCAGCAACCGCUACCUGGACAUGAACAACAGCAGCGUGAGAGAGUAAGCAGAGACACAGGUAGAAACAGAG